GUAAGCUGAGCUGGACAUGGUUUCAACUUGAGCUAGAUAUGCACCAAUACAUGGGGACCAAUAAAUGGGAACAGGAAGCCUUGUGUGGAGUUUUACAAAGAAACUUAUCACGUUUGGGCUCAUUACUGUCACAGUAACAGAUCGUUUUCUGACCAUUGUUCCAGUUCGUGGUGGCUCUAUGUCUCCCACAUUUAAUCCUAAAACCAGCUCUUUGGUGGGAAAUAUUUCUGAUGACUAUGUCUUGGUUGAGAAAUUUUGCCUUGGAAACUAUAGGUUUUCCCGUGGUGAUGUGGUGGUAUUCCGCUCCCCGUUGAAUCACAAGGAGACACACAUAAAGAGAAUUGUUGGAUUACCUGGUGAGUGGUUUGGUGCACUUCGUAACUAUGAUGUGCUGAAGGUUCCAGAAGGACAAUGCAGCUUCCAGCCUGGAUUCAACCUCAUUGGGUCCUGUAUCAAAAUGCACACCACAAAAGUCGACCAACUCAUCCUUAAUUGCUAGGACAACAAUUUUAUCCAUUGCAUAUAGUAACUACGCUGGCUUAUUACAAAGAAUUAGAGGCGAGGAGCUUCCUUGUAUACUAUCUAUUGAUUGCGUUGCUUUAUGUAUUGAAGAAACUAAUAUUCACUAUGCUUUUUUUUAAUUAAAUCUUCUUGCUCACUGACUUGAACUACUAUGUAACUUUUGGGCGCUCAUGACAGAUGUUGACACUGAGCUCUAAGCUUAUCUGUCCUUUAAUGUUUUACGAGUUCUUUUUUAUAUU